AUGCAAAGCUACACCAGAGCGUUCGAAGUACUCUCGCCAACGCGACGAAAAGCACAGGAUGGUUCCCUACAAACGGAGGCUUCGCUGUGGUGCUUGUUCAUGCGACGCAGCACAGGCUGGUUCGAGCGCGAUAGGCCAUGGGUUCGACUCGUUAGCCCGCAAGUUCCAGAUGGAAGGUUUCGCGGCUGCUGGGAGUUCGCGUGUGCUGGAGCCUUGCCGAAUUCCUGUGUCGAAAAACGCGCAUUCCUGACGCGCUGCAGAAUGCAACGUGUUCACAGAUUGAGACUGAUAUGGCUGGGCGCCGACUGGGCGCUGUGUGCCUCCGAUUCGCUGUUAAUAUGA